AUGAUACCUAUGAUUUCCUCUGACCAAGAACAAAUACAAGUUAACAGCAGUGAUAGUCUUAGUGAUGCAGAAAGUCUGCACGAUACCGAUUCAAAACAAGAUUUACCAACUGUAUAUGAUACAUAUACUAAAUUCAAAAAGUAUACAAUACUGCUUAUUAUUAUUGGUUUAGGAUUUUUAUCAACUUUCGAUAAACUAAUUUUUGUUCCGGCAUUGCCCACAGUAAUUGAAGAUCUACAUUCAACAGAAACAUUAGGUUUAUUAACAAUCACUGUAUAUAUGCUUGGAAGUUGUUUUUGCGGACUUAUUUGGGGAGUACUAAGUGAUUGUUAUGGACGUAGAUCAAUCAUAUUACUUGCACUUAGUGGAUUUCUAUUAUCUGUAGCUGGUUCUUACUUUUCAUCAAAUAUAUAUAUAUUUUUAGUAUCUCGUGUACUACAAGGAGCUUUUAUCUGCGUAGCACAAAUUCUUGGUCCAGCAACAAUUGCUGAUAUAUAUCAACCAAAUGAACGUGCACGAGCUAUCUCUCUCUUCUAUGCGUUUCAUUUCGUCGGGUCAUUAGUUGGCCCAACCAUCGGUGGACCGUUGUCUUAUCAUUAUGGUUGGAGAUCUACAUUUAUUGUAGUAGAAAUUCUUGCAAUUAUUUUAUUUAUCCUUUAUAUUUUCUUCGUACCUGAAACACACCAGUAUAUAGUUGUAUGCAAAUACCACGAAACAGGAACAAAACUACUUGAAUAUGACUUACUUGUAAAGCCGACACUACAAAAUCCAUGUUUAGCAUUAACAUACUUAAAAGAGACAACAAUGCUACCUUAUGUCUUUCUUUUAGCGCUAGGAUAUAUGUCAAUGAAUAUUGCACAGCUUUUUUUUCCUAUUCAAUUAUCUAAAGCACCUUACAACUACAAAUCAGACAUAAUCGGUAUAUUAUAUCUUCCAUUGGCGAUUGUAAAGUGUUCAGGUAGUAUUAUCGGUGGUAUUCUAUCUGAUUAUGCAGCAGUUAGAUAUAUGGAAACAUCAAGAAUUCAUGAAGGACAUGUUGUGCCAGCAUUAUUAUUUUCUGUUCUAACACCUAUUGGUCUAAUCCUUUACGGAUGGUCAUUUCAGUAUGGUAUGCAUAUAGCAUUACCAGUCAUUGGACUAAUUAUCUGUCUUUUUGGUCAAACAACUACUCGGCCUGGUAUCUAUUCGUUCUAUACAAUUAAAUAUCAACACUGUUUAGCUAGUGUUAUCGCAGCAAAUAAUUUUGUACAAUUAUUGUUAACAACGAUUAUGUUAACAUUUACAGCGAUAAUUGUAGAAUCAAUUGGUAAUGGACUAUAUUUUACAAUUAUAGCUGUGGCUAAUAUAUUGACAACAAUCGUACCAGCAAUAAUUAUUUUAAGAAAAAUUAGAUUAUCUCAUAUUUCUGACAAGAUCUCUAGUCAAAGUAUUCCUCUAAUAAGUACUGAUGAUGAACAAUGA